GUAACAUGAUCACGCGCUGGUGGGCCUCAAUUCCGGGUAUGUCGGCCCUACACUUUGCUGCAAUGCUGGGACAUGAGCCGCUGACGAAGCUAUUGCUUGACCACGGUGCUGAAAUCUUUCCGAACGAUCGCGGGGACUCACCGGAGGAUUUGGCACGGAUGGGUCAGCACUACCAUCUGCUGCCUCUCUUUUCCACAUUCUCUACGUGA